GACGGAGGCGGCGGGAGCCCGCCCGAGCCCGCGCCCCGCGGCGGCUGCCGGCAGCGGGCGGCGCGGCCCGAGUCACUGCGGCCGGAGAGACAAGAGAUAAUUGAUUCCAUUAUGUGUGCGUCGGCCAAAUACAACACCCGGGGUCCAGCCCUCAUCCCGAGGAUGAAAACCAAACACCGCAUCUACUACAUCACCCUCUUCUCCAUAGUUCUGCUUGGCCUGAUUGCCACAGGAGUGUUCCAGUUCUGGCCUCACUCCAUUGAGUCAUCCAGUGACUGGACCAUUGAAAAACGCAGCGUCCACGAUGUGCCUGUGGUCAGGCUUCCUGCUGACAGCCCCAUUCCUGAGCGGGGAGACCUCAGCUGCAGGAUGCACACCUGCUUCGAUGUCUAUCGCUGUGGCUUCAACCCCAAAAACAAAAUCAAGGUGUACAUCUACUCACUGAAGAAGUACAUGGAUGAGUACGGGACGGCGGUGAGCAGCACCAUUUCCCGGGAGUACAACGAGCUGCUCACAGCCAUCUCUGACAGCGAGUUCUACACCGACGAUGUCAGCCGGGCCUGUCUCUUCGUGCCAUCCAUCGAUGUCCUCAAUCAGAACGCGCUCCGCAUCAAGGAGACAGCUCAGGCCUUGGCACAGUUAUCCAGAUGGGAUCGAGGCACAAAUCACUUGCUCUUCAAUAUGCUGCCAGGGGGGCCACCAGAUUAUAACACUGCCCUUGAUGUUCCUAGAGACAGAGCUCUUCUGGCUGGUGGAGGCUUCUCCACGUGGACCUACCGGCAAGGCUACGAUGUCAGCAUUCCUGUUUACAGCCCCUUGUCAGGGGAAGUGGAUCUGCCAGAAAGAGGACCAGGUCCUCGCAGGUAUUUCAUUCUGUCAUCCCAAAUGGCCCUGCACCCAGAGUACCGCUCUGAGCUGGAAGCUCUUCAAGCUGAGAAUGGGGAGUCAGUGCUGAUCCUGGACAAAUGCACAAACCUAUCAGAUGGGGUCCCUGCCAUUCGCAAACGCUGUCACAAGAAUCAGAUCUUUGAUUAUCCUCAAGUGCUUCAGGAGUCUACAUUCUGUGUCGUUCUCCGUGGAGCUCGCCUGGGACAGGCUGUGCUAAGUGAUGUUCUUCAAGCUGGCUGUGUCCCAGUCAUCAUUGCUGACUCCUACAUUUUACCUUUCUCUGAGGUUCUGGACUGGAAGAGGGCCUCUGUUGUCAUCCCUGAGGAGAAGAUGCCUGAAAUGUACAGUAUUCUGCAAAGUGUCCCCCAGCGGCAGAUCGAAGAGAUGCAAAGACAGGCAAGGUGGUUCUGGGAAGCAUAUUUUCGCUCAAUGAAAGCAAUUGCUCUUGCAACUCUUCAGAUUAUCAAUGACAGAAUUUACCCAUAUGCUGCCAUUUCUUAUGAAGAAUGGAAUGAUCCCCCAGCUGUGAAAUGGAGCAGUGUGAGUAACCCGCUCUUCCUUCCACUGAUCCCACCUCAGUCCCAAGGUUUCACAGCCAUAGUCCUCACCUAUGACCGUGUGGAGAGCCUCUUCCGAGUCAUCACGGAGGUGUCUAAAGUGCCUAGUCUGUCCAAAUUGCUGGUUGUCUGGAACAACCAGAAUAAGAACCCACCAGAAGAUUCCCUCUGGCCAAAGAUUCGUGUUCCCUUGAAAGUUGUUAGGACAGCAGAAAACAAACUCAGUAACCGCUUCUUCCCAUACGAUGAGAUUGAAACAGAAGCAGUGUUGGCUAUUGAUGAUGAUAUCAUUAUGUUAACCUCGGAUGAACUCCAGUUUGGCUAUGAGGUUUGGCGCGAGUUCCCUGACAGAUUGGUUGGAUAUCCGGGCCGCCUGCAUCUGUGGGACCACGAGAUGAACAAAUGGAAAUACGAAUCUGAAUGGACCAACGAAGUUUCAAUGGUGCUGACUGGGGCAGCGUUUUAUCACAAGUAUUUCAACUAUCUUUACACUUACAAAAUGCCUGGAGACAUCAAGAAUUGGGUGGAUGCUCAUAUGAAUUGUGAAGAUAUUGCCAUGAAUUUUCUCGUGGCAAAUGUCACUGGCAAAUCGGUCAUUAAGGUGACCCCGCGGAAGAAGUUCAAAUGUCCGGAAUGCACAGCAAUUGAUGGGUUAUCACUGGACCAGACACACAUGGUGGAAAGGUCUGAAUGCAUCAACAAGUUUGCCUCUGUCUUUGGGACCAUGCCUCUGAAAGUGGUGGAGCACCGUGCUGAUCCUGUCCUGUACAAAGAUGACUUUCCUGAGAAACUGAAGAGCUUUCCCAAUAUUGGCAGCUUAUAAAGGCAGCUGACAACCCGGAGCGAUGAGUGGCAGCUAAAAAGGUGUGAUGAGGCCCUGAAGAAAACAAAGCACUAAAGAGUGGGUCACAUCUGAGGGAGAUGGGAGUUCACGUUGUAUCCUGGUAUGUUGUCUUCCAUUUACAUUGCACAAAGGCAUAGUGGAAAGCUGAACAACUGCUGCUCUGUGGCUCACAGAGGACUCGAAUCGAUCAUGGGAAAUGUCACACAUGCAAGCUUUCUCCAAAGGAAGCUGUUGCACCUGGAAGAGUGAAACAGCAUCUUGCUCUCUGCCGUCUGACUGGCACCACUGACCUCUCCUAUCAAGUGUGCUGCAGCCCUCUGGUUUGUAAGCAUCCAUCCCUCCAAAGAACUGUCUGCAACACAGAGCUGCUUGCUUUUGGGAGGAGCCUAUUGCCUGUGGGAUUGCUGGGCCUCUGUCUUUUGAGCUUAAUUGUUGGUUUAAGUAAUUGUGUAUCAAACAUUUUCUUCUUCGUGGUGAGACAAAUGUUUGUUUUCUCUCUUACAACAUCAGCAACAGAAAUCUCUGUGUUUUCACAAUGUUUAAAGGGCAAAGCAUUUUGUGUUACUGGAAUCAUUUUGAUGCAAAUUGAGACAGGCCAGCUGGGAGACCGGUCUCCUUGGUCUCCUUCAGAGCAGACACCCACAUGACACAACUCCCAAAUGCUGAACCUCUUUUACCAGAAUAAAUCUCAGGUUUUCUGCUGCACCCAUGCAGGAGGCUGUGGCUCUGUGUCUAGUUGUAUUAGACAGAAAAAUAUGUAUCUUUUUGUCUUAAGUAUAUUUUUCUCAUUUUCAUUCUCAAAGCAGCAGUCAGGUUGCAGCUUGCAUCAUAGCCAUAGGUAGCAGCAGCAGUUAUGAAGUACGUUUUUUCACAUCUGAAUCCUCUUCAGCAAGCAGUAGGUUGUAGUACUGAUUUGUAAAACAAGUUGACAGAAAUCCCCAGUUACAGCUUCGACCUGCAGGGAUAUGUGUAUGUACAAGGCACUACUAAUGCACACUUACAAACUGCCAUUGGUGGAAAAAAACUGUGGAGGCUUUGCCUGUAAUUUAAGGAACCCGCUGGCACAGGUUGCCACUGAAACAUACAGCUUUUGGAGAAGCUUUACAUUGGAAUUACUUCUCAGUAUGGAAGUGAACCUGAAGUAUAAUGUGAGAACAUUAGAAAUAAAACUGCCUGGACUGUUACUCUUGCCCUUUGAUAUUAGAGAUCUGAUCCCAAGUUGGGCUGAGAAAGGAAUCUCAUCUCAUUUCUAGCUCCACUGAUAAAAGGUUUGUUCCCAGAUAAGGGUGAUUUCACUGUGUUUUGAAACCUCCAUUCCUGCCAGUUGCAGACAUCCUACUUGAUGGGCCGUUUUUCUGCUAUGCUGGGAGCAACCUUUUUGCUCAGAUUUUGCCAAACCCCAAACAAUAGGACAAGUGUUAGGCAUCACACAGUUCACCCCCCCUCCUAAGCUGGAGACCCAGCAAUGACAGAAACCAAAUGAAAGUCAGGCUAGAAACAGGAAACAUCUGCUCCUAUUUGUCUCACCCCCACUAAGACUUAUCUUAUUGCCCAAUGCAGUGAUGUGCUGUGAAUGAGAAUCAUAUUGGAACAAUAGCUCUAAGGGGAUGCUUCACUUCAUAACUCCCCUGGGAUGUGCCUGUAAACUGUAUCAGCCGAUUCUCUGGGAACCUUUAAUUACUAGUAAAUGGGAGGGGUUUUGGCUGCAGUCUUUGUGUCAUUCCUAGGUUGCUGUGGGAGAGGGUGUUGAGGAGCUGUUGUAGGGACAACAACUGCUGUCUGCACAGGGAGUGUCAAAAGGUAGAGGAAGGUUUGUCACUCGCUGUUUCUCCUUUGCAGCCUCUCAUGUUCAUUCAUAUGAACCUUCCUUCUGAAUCUUCCUGUUGAUUUGUGUCCUGCUGCUUGAGCAUCAGGAGAUACUGGCAUAUUUCCCUCGAGGAGUUUGCUUGCAAAGGGUAGCUGUGACAGUGCAGUAGUCACUGCAGUUUUGGCUGUUCUUUUGGGGCUGAUCUCAAGCUUGGCAGGCCUUAGCAGUUUAACUGAGUUACAACAUCUUCCUGUCAUGAAGCUGCUGUGGAUUCUGGGUUCUUUCUCUGUAAGCCAGUAAAAAAGUGCACGUUUUACAGAGAAUCUUAAAAGACAAAGUGGAUUUAGAAUAGUUGGAAUAUUUUUAGGUGGGGACAGCCUAACCAGCCCCUCUGAACUGUGUCUCAGGUCAGUAAAAAGGCAACAGGCCUUGCGCCUGCAUCCAAAGCAGCUCAGUGGGAUGCCCCUACCACAAAAUGUCCCUUGACCCUUUUCAGUCAUGUCUUGUCCUUUGGCUUCUUACAGUUGCUUUCACAGGGCCAUCUCAUUUAGGUGGCAAUUUGUCUGUCUUUUGUGCCAUGGAGAAAAUUGGGCAAUAGACUGUAAAAAUAAAAAGAGUCAAAUGUCCUACUUCCCCUUUAUAAUUGUGGUGUUCUUGAUGCAAAAUCUAUUACCUGUACCUCUGUGUCUGAUUUGAAAUGGGUUUGUUGUCAAUCUUUAAGAUAAUGUUUAACUUUUCAUUGUAUAUAUGUUAUCAAAAAAGGGUUAAUAUUGGUAUAUUAAAAAGUCAAUCCAA